UUUUAGCCGCUAACAUCAGCAGCAGAACUACAACUAAAACUAAAACAAAAAUAAAAAGAACUACAACUGAAACUAAAAAGUCAAGUCGCUAGGUGGCGCGAAAUUCCGGCAAGCAAAUGUCUGGAUAAAAAGCAACAGCUCCGUUGACCAAUGGAUGAAAAUGCAGCCGUCGUCGUCAUUUUUGUCGUCGUCGUCUUCGUUGUCCAUUUGUCAUCGCUUUUGUCAGACUCAGACUCAGCCGGAGACGCAGCCAAAGAAACAACAAGAACCUCAACAGCAACUAAAACACCAAUUAGUAGCAGCCGUAGAAACAACAACAACAACAAAAACAGCAACAGCAGCAAAGACAGUGAUCCAAGCCAGUCGAGAUCAAAGUCAGCUCAACAACUAUUAUUGCACGCCCUGUUUGGUGCAGGAUUCAUUGGCGCUGACGCUGCAACUGCGACUGCAACUGCAACACAGCUCAAGCUCAAGCCCAAGAUAUCUUCCACUGCCUCGGCUGGCUGCGGUUUAGCUCGCGCCAGAUUUUACAGUUAGUUGGCUUGCCAAAAAACAAUUACAAAUAUAAAGGAGCGCAGGCAGGCGCCACCCACAGCAACAGCCCAUCUGAAGUAAAAGUAACAAAUAAAACACCAAUAAAAUAUAAAAUAGUAACUACAACAACAACAACAAGCAGUACAACAACAAUAGUAGAAGCAACAACAACAGUAGUUAGCACCAGAUAGAUCCCGUGCCAAUCACAAGACCCAACCCAGACCAGAGAUACACCCCUUCCGCAUUUUAGCACGUCGUCGAGGACGCACCGGAAACUUUCGAAGUUAAGCAGUAGGAUACAAAACAAAAUGGCGGAUGGUGGGCAUUCAUUCGUGAAGAAGACAUUUCAUAAGCCAACUUACUGUCACCACUGCUCGGAUCUACUCUGGGGCCUCAUCCAACAGGGCUACAUAUGCGAGGUUUGCAACUUUAUCAUACAUGAACGAUGUGUCACCAGUGUGGUAACGCCCUGUUCCGGAAUAGCACCAUGCAUUAUAAAGAAUCCCGUCGCCCAUUGUUGGUCGGAGCCGACACACCACAAGAGAAAAUUCUGCACUGUUUGCCGUAAGCGAUUGGAUGAAACGCCAGCGGUGCAUUGUUUAGUUUGCGAAUAUUUCGCGCAUACUGAGUGCCAAGAUUUUGCUGUGCCGGACUGCACCGAGAAUGCCACAUAUGUGCCGGGCAAGGAGCUGCUGAAUGUGAAACAUCAACACCAUUGGCGAGAGGGUAAUCUUCCAUCAACGUCCAAGUGCGCUUACUGCAAGAAAACCUGUUGGUCGUCGGAAUGCCUCACAGGCUAUCGCUGCGAGUGGUGUGGCAUGUCCACGCACGCCGGAUGUCGCAUGUACCUGCCAACCGAAUGUAAUUUUGGUAUAUUACAACCUAUCUACUUACCUCCGCAUUCAGUGUCCAUACCACGUACUGAGGUGCCAAUCGAGGCAAUCAUUGGCGUUCAGGUCAAGUCGAAGACGUCGCUCGUGCGCGAUUAUUCGUGUCCCAGCCCGGAGCUCGUUGGAGCCGAAGCUGCGGCUGCUGCGGCGGCGGCUGGUGACGUUGGUGGGUCGGGUUUGUGUCUCAAGGAGCUGCUCGAGCUGCACAGGCAGCGACUUGAGCAAUCAAAGCAACAUUUUUUACUUUCAACGCCGCCCACGCCCACAUCCUGUGGCUCUAUCUCGCUCUGUGUCUCACCCACACCCUCGCUAACAGUGGGCGAGACGAGCCAAUCUCUGGAGCAGCAGUCACAACAACAAGACGAUCCCGAUGAGGACUACGAGCUGCAGUGCGACAGUGCGCUGCAGCUGACCACCAAUUCCAGCAAUGUGCCCAUACAAAAAUCACCAUCCAGCAACUCCUCGAUACACUUGCUCUACACCAGCCUCUUUCGCAAGCUUGCCCAUGGCCAAGCGCAGCGACGCAGACGCGACGAUGCCACGCACAGCGAGGGAGAACAGGAAGACGACGAAGCGGAUGGUGGUGUCUGUGAUAUAAGCGGCGGCGAGCUGAGCGAUGAGUACGAUCACUGUGACGUCUCGUUGCGCAAGCGCUCCACGCGUCGCGUCGCUCGUGGCGAUGUCAGUGAGACGGACUAUCAUGGCGAUGCGGAGCUGGAGCUGGAGCAGGAGCAGGAGACAGUGCCGCGUGAGAGCUGCUACGAGACGUCCGAUAAUACGGACGAUCUCGAUUCCAGUCUCAAUCUGAUUAGCAACCUUAGCUAUAAUAGUAGUAAUAGUAAUACCUCGAACAACUCCGAUCCGCGCCGCAACACUGCCACUGGUCCCGCCCCCGGUCCAAUGCAGGCGCCUGCAGCACAAGCCUUAAGCGUUCUCCCGAGCCGCAACCCAAAGACUGCCAAGCCCAAGCCCAAGCUCAAGCCGAAGCCUGUGCUGAGUGCGCCCAAGCAUAAGGGCGGCUCGCUCAGCUCACCCAAUUCCAGCGACUGCUCCUCGGCAGCGCCAGUGUCAGCGAACACGCCGCUGUCGCCCGUGGGACGCAGCAAGAGCUUCCAGGAGCCGGGCGUCUCACGCUACAAAAAGUACGGACGUGGUCUGUUCCAGCGACGUCGCUCCAAGCGCUCGCCCAAGGGCGGCGGCACGAAGAGCAACUACAGCCUGGACAGACUCUCACAGAACAUAGAGAUAACUAUACAGGAUGAGGAUGGCAAUUAUCAGGUGUACGACGAUAACUUUGAUACGCUCAGCUCGCCACGCCAAUCGCACGAACCUAAUACCUAUGCCUACGAUGUGGUCGAUGUGGACUAUGACGAUCUCUAUUUGGACGAUCGGCCGCAUAGCGCGGGCGAUGGCAUUGCGGGCGACAUUAGCGAUGCCUCCCGUGCCAGCGAUGUGGAGCAUGGCGAGCAUGCCCUGGGACGAUUCCUACGUCGCGUGCGCGGCUUGUCCGCCGGCUGGCGCAAGCCGCGCUACCAAAAGCGCAGAGCGCGCAGCAUAUCGGAGGAGUUCAGCAGUGGCGAUGCGCCUCGCUUCAAGGAUGAGGAGUCACUAGGCAAGGCCGAGUCCUCGCAUGGCAUGAGCAGUAGCGGUGGCGGCGGUGCUGCAGGCGGUGGGCCAAGUUGUUCGGGACAAGCUGGCGGCAGCAGUGGUGGUAGUGGUGGCGGCGUUCCUGGCUCCAGCAACUCCACACACUAUCGUCCAGACUCUUCAAGCCACAAGUCAGACAAGUCGGAGAAGGAUCGCGAGAAGAAGGAAAAGGAACGUGAAGAGAAGGAUAUUGAAAUGAUCAAGGUCUUCGAUGGCAACAACUCAUUCCGGCGCCAACAGUACCGUGCCAUAAUCGUCCAGCGCACGUAUACGUUGGAGCAGCUGCUGACCACCGCAUUGCGCGCGUUUCACAUCACGCGCGAUCCAAAAGCAUUUUAUCUAACCGAUUUGUAUGCGGCUCCUGGCAUGGAGGAUGCUCCGUUGCAGGACCCGACGCCAGUGCUAAACCUCACACACGUCGAGGGCAAGCGGCCGGCCAUGUAUUUGCGGUUUCACGACAAGGACAAAGGCCAUGUGCGUGUUUAUCCGGGAAAAUUGCAAUGCUCGCUGGAGGAUCCAUAUGUCAAUGUGCCAGUGGACAACACCACAGUUAUUAAGGACUUGAUACGCGAUGCGCUGGACAAGUUUGGACUACAAGAUAACCAAAUACAGGACUACAGAUGCUCGGAGGUGCUGCUCGAUCGUGGAGUCACUGAGCGCAUUCUCUCCUGGAACGAACGACCUUGGGAUAUUAUGAAGCAGCUGGGCAAGGACUCGAUACGCCAAAUGGAGCUCAUGCGCUUCUACAUGCAGCACAAACAGGAUCCCCAUGGACCCAAUAUCGCACUCUUCGUCGGAAAUUUGCCCACAGGACUCUCGCAGCGCAACUACGAGCAAAUCCUCAACAAGUAUGUGACAGAUGAGAACAAGUUCACUAGCAUCGGUCCCAUCUACUACGAAUACGGUUCCGUGGUGCUUACUUUUGAGGAUGCCCAAAAGGCGGUUCGCGCAUUUUACAAUCUGCGCGAAACGAUCAUUGAGGAUAAGAAGCUAUUGGUACUGCUGCUGCCCAAUAUUGAGCCCAGCAUGGUUCCCUCGGAUGUGAGGCCACUGCUCGUUUUUGUCAAUGUCAAGUCUGGCGGCUGUCAGGGUCUAGAGCUCAUUUCGAGCUUUAGGAAACUGCUGAAUCCCUAUCAAGUGUUUGAUUUAGAUAACGGCGGUCCAUUACCAGGCCUUUAUGUAUUCCGUCAAAUCACCAAUUAUAAGAUCUUAGUAUGUGGCGGAGACGGCACCAUUGGUUGGGUGCUGCAAUGCUUGGACAAUGUUGGACAAGACUCGGAAUGCUCUAGCCCACCGUGCGCCAUAGUUCCACUAGGCACAGGCAAUGAUCUGGCACGUGUUCUUUGUUGGGGCUCUGGUUAUACUGGCGGUGAGGAUCCUUUGAAUAUGCUACGUGAUGUUAUUGAGGCCGAGGAGAUACGCUUGGAUCGUUGGACUGUUGUCUUCCAUCCGGAGGACAAGCCGGAAGAGCCGGCGAUGAAAGCGCCCUCACAAACAACCGGUAAGAAGAAGAAGGCUCACCAAGCACAUCUAUCGCAACAAACAAAUCAGCAUCAUCAAUUACCGGCUCUGACAUCGAGUGAUAUAUCAGGUGGUGCCCAGAAUGAGGACAACUCACAGAUCUUUGUUAUGAACAAUUAUUUUGGCAUUGGCAUCGAUGCCGAUCUCUGCUUGGACUUUCACAAUGCACGCGAGGAGAAUCCCAAUCAAUUCAAUUCUAGAUUGCGCAACAAGGGCUACUAUGUCAAGAUGGGCUUGCGCAAGAUUGUAGGACGCAAAACGGUCAAGGACUUGCAGAAGGAGUUGCGCCUGGAGGUCGAUGGCAAAGUAGUAGAUCUUCCGCCCGUCGAUGGCAUCAUUAUAUUAAAUAUAUUGAGCUGGGGCAGUGGCGCUAAUCCCUGGGGACCUGAUAAGGACGAUCAGUUCAGCACACCCAAUCACUAUGAUGGUAUGCUGGAGGUUGUGGGCGUUACAGGCGUGGUGCAUUUGGGACAAAUACAGUCGGGGAUACGUACGGCCAUGCGCAUUGCACAGGGUGGUCACAUCAAGAUACAUUUAAACACGGACAUGCCCGUGCAAGUCGAUGGCGAGCCCUGGAUACAAAGUCCGGGUGAUGUGGUCGUUCUCAAGUCCGCACUCAAGGCCACCAUGCUGAAGAAAACGAAGAGCAAGCGUCGCUUGACUGAACCACAUAUAUCACCAGCGGCUUUAAGCCUUUCGGUAUCAUCUAUACAAUCUCAACAAUCCCAACAGCAGCAGCAGCAACAGCAACAACAACAGCAGCAGCAGCAACAACAACAACAACAACAGCAGCAGCAGCAAUCUGCUGAAAAUGGUGAUAAGGAUGUGCCCACGUUGCCUACACAGGCAUUUGGCAGUACAUAGAGCAUGGCCUCAUCAUUGGCCUCCGGUUUGCGAUAUUGGUUCUCCUGCUUUUUUCCAUAGGCAUUAAACAUAAACAUAUACAAACUUAAGCAGCCGCGGUAAUAGUAAAUAGCAAGAGUGAAAGUCCAUGAAUAACCUACAGAAAUCUACAAAAUAUACAAAACCAAUUAAGUUAAGCAUAUAGUUGUUAUCCGUUUCUUCCGUAUUUAAAUGUCAAUCAAAAAAAAAAAGAGCAAAUCGAUAAACAUACAUAAAAAAAAUAUCCAUGCUAUAUAUAGAAUAAAUUGCAUAAGCUGCAGCUAACAGUAUAAAAAAUAUUUUGUAAAUAAAAUGAAGCAUUUCGAGUUAAGUAGGCAAACUUGUAAAACUUUUUAGAGCAGACCUGCGCCGAACCACCUAAAUACCCACCACAAAGAACACUCUGCACUUACAACAAAUAGCAAAGAACAAAAAGAACAACAACACUACUGUGACCACCGCUUUUGAAGUUAAAAUUUAAAUACAUAUUGUACUUGCCUUAGAGCUGUAUUUGAUUCACAUACAUAGCCGUGUAUGUAUGUAGAAGCACUCACACACACACACACACACAAAACACAUACACACUUUUAAUUUCUUGCCUAUGAUAA